AGCUGAACCCGCAUCAGCCGUGCAACAACACUUCUCCGUCGCCGGCGCCAGCGGCGGGUGCGGCAACAGUGGAAGCAGCAGCAGCAGCAGCAGCAGCAGUGGAGCCGGCGCCGCAGGUGCAUGUGAAUCCCGACGCCGCCGAGGUGGUGCCGGCACCUCAACGCACGAUCUUGCCUGCGGGUCUGCCUCGCGCCGCGCACCACUACAGCAGCGUGCUGGGGGGCGGCGAGGUAGAGCCCGUAGUGGAGGGCCCCAAGCAGCUAGAUGUGGUGUACAGGCUGAGGACUCUGGCGAAGGAGGAGGCCACGCUCGGGGAGGAGGUGCCGGAGGGCACACUGCCGUGGCAGGCGCAAGGCGGCCGCCCUGCCCCCGCCUGGCUGGCCUCCCUGGACCGGGCCACGCGGGACCUGAUGGCCGCACUGCACGAGGCGCAACCCUGGGCGAACGGACUGCAACCCGUACGGCGUCGUCGUACAGCGGUGCCUGGUAGCGGCGGCAGCGGCAGCGGUG